AUAUAUUACUACUGCUCAUAAAAAUUUAUGUUCAGCUUGUACUGCAAAAGUAAAUAAGUAUAUAGAAUUGAAAAGGAGUCAUCCCUAACUACACACACAAACAAUUCCACCUUUUUCUUGAUAAGGUAUAUAAGCUAUAGCUAGCAAUGAAUGCAUCUCCUUCCAACUGACCACAUAAUUAUUUUUCUUUUUCCUUUCUUUUUCCAGCUAGCUUUGAUGCCAAAUAUAUAGUGGAAAACUCUACGUGAUUGUUUUUAGCCCUCUUUUCACACACACACGCACACGCACACAAUUUCAAUCUCUUUCUCGAAAAGAAAAGGAAGAUGAUAUCACACACAGUGAAUGUGUAGUACUAUUAUAGUUUUCUGAUGACUUGCAGCACUGAAAUGGCUUUCUUCCACCCCAAUUUCAUGCUGCAAACUCCUCAUCAAGAUCAUGAUCACACUCAUCCCUCUACAUCUCUACCUCCUUUAAUUCCUUCCUCCACUCCUCAAGAUCAAUAUCAUGGUGUUGGUUCAUUGAUAGGGAAGAGAUCAAACGUGUGCUUGGAAGAGAUGAUGAAGAAUGAGAAUGAGAAUGUGCAGGAUGAAUUAUCAGACGAUGGAUCGCAGAUUGGGGAGAAGAAGAGGCGGCUGAACUUGGAGCAGGUGAAGACGCUGGAGAAGAAUUUCGAGGUGGGCAACAAGCUUGAGCCCGAAAGGAAAAUGCAGCUGGCCCGGGCCCUCGGGCUUCAGCCCAGGCAGAUUGCGAUAUGGUUUCAGAACAGGAGGGCCCGAUGGAAAACCAAGCAGUUGGAGAAGGAUUAUGAUCUUCUCAAGAGACAGUUUGAUGCUGUCAAGGCGGAAAAUGAUGCCCUUCAAGCACACAACCACAAACUUCACGCUGAGAUAAUGGCGCUGAAAAGCAGGGAAGCAACGGAUUUAUGCAUAAAUCUGAACAAAGAAACAGAAGGAUCAUGCAGCGAAAACAGCUCGGAAAUCAAGCUCCACAUCUCCACAGCUCCGCCCGACCCCAAAUUGGAUCAAACUGUUAAGGAAGAGAGCCUUUGCAACAUGUUUUGCGGCAUGGAUGAUCAGCCAGGGUUUUGGCCAUGGCUAGACCAACAAAAUUUCAAAUUCUAAAUUCCAAUUCAGCACUAUAAUAUUUAAUUUCAUCAUUAAAUUAUCAAAUUUCUCCUUUUUCCAUAUAUACGUUUAGGUUAAUUUGGUGUACAAACUAGUAGUAAAUUAAAGAUAAUCAUGAAUUUCGAUCGACUGCAUUUCUUGGAGGUAAUUUUAAUGAAGGAAUGUGCUACUCUUCUCUUA